CAGAAGUAGGUAUGACAGAUCGUGGAGCAGCGCUGUAGACUGAAGAAAAACAAAAAAACGUUGGGAAUAACAUGUCCUUCUACAGUUCGACCAACAUGCUCUAGCUAUUAACCUUCAAGAUAUGCAACGAAUGAACUAAUAGGCGACAAAGCGUUUUAUAUUAAGGUUUUUAAAAAGUCCCACUUCGAGUUUGUCAGGUAGAAGAAGCGGGUAAAACAGAAAUAACGUUCCGUGUUUUCGUUAAUGAACGUGGAAUAAGAGUUGAGGAACACAUCAGCAGGCGAAAUUCGGACUCUCCAGGACCCAACUACCUACUGCUUGGAACAAUUGUUUGCAUGCAGAAAAAGCUGGGCGGCGAUGGUGGUGCCAUGACCAAGGGCGGCUGAGGGUCAGGGGAGAAGCCACGCAGCACCAUGGAGGGCACCAGGGCCGCCAUCUUAGCGCCGGUCAAAAGCAAAGCCCCUCAACGGGAUCGGAAGCGGCGUGUCAGGGGUUCGGUAAGGAAAGGGGGAGUCAGCCAGAACGGAACCACCUCACCACAUGGGGAGAGCACCUCGGUCAGAGAGAGGGGGCUGGAGUCAUCCUUGGAGGUGCUGAAACCAUCCCUGCUGUCGAAGGAGCUGGGAGAGAGAGUGGGGGAGAAGGAGAGGGCGCGAGGAGCGGAGGUGUCACCUGAGGGGGAGGAGGGCCUUGGCUCCUGGGACAUGAACUCUCAGGACGAGGAGGUUGCGCAGCAGGAGAAGGGGAGUUGUAACAGCCACAGCACCUCCAAUACGGACAGCCCUACCCUCUCCAGUAGCUGCACAGAUCUGUCCCAGACGUCGUCUCCAUCGCUGUCGGACCAACUCCUCCUGGGUCGAGAGGAUGGGACGGUGGCCGGGAUCAAUGUGGAAUGUCGGAUCUGUGGAGACAAGGCCUCUGGGUUCCACUAUGGAGUACACGCCUGUGAGGGUUGCAAGGGGUUUUUCCGGCGGACCAUUCGUAUGAAGCUGGAGUACGAGCGCUGUGAGCGCAGCUGUAAGAUCCAGAAGAAAAGCAGAAACAAGUGCCAGUACUGCCGCUUCCAAAAGUGCCUGCUGCUGGGCAUGUCCCAUGACGCGAUCCGGUAUGGCCGCAUGCCGGAGGCGGAGAAGAGGAAGCUGGUGGCGGGCCUCCUGGCGGGAGAGAGAGCCCCGACCAUCAACCCCAACGGCUCGGACCUCAAAUCCCUGGCCAAGCGGGUCAACAAUGCCUACCUGAAGAACCUCAACAUGACCAAGAAGAAGGCCCGCAGCAUCCUCACCGGCAAGACCAGCGUCAGCCCAGUAGCGUAUCCAUAUCCCUUUGUGAUUCACGACAUGGACUCGUUGUGCCAGGCUGAGAACGGGCUGGUGUGGAAACAGCUGAUCAACGGCACGCCCCCCAACAAGGAGAUAGGGGUACACGUGUUCUACCGCUGCCAGUGCACCACAGUGGAGACGGUCAGGGAGCUCACUGAGUUCGCCAAGAGCAUCCCCGGCUUCGUAGACCUCUUCCUUAACGACCAGGUGACGCUGCUGAAAUACGGCGUGCACGAGGCCAUCUUCGCCAUGCUGCCCUCGCUCAUGAACAAGGACGGGCUGCUGGUGGCCAAUGGGAAGGGCUUUGUAACCCGGGAGUUCCUGCGCAGCCUGCGGCGCCCCUUCAGCGAGAUCAUGGAGCCCAAGUUUGAGUUUGCGGUGAAGUUUAAUGCUCUGGAGCUGGACGACAGUGACCUGGCCCUGUUCGUGGCCGCCAUCAUCCUCUGUGGAGACCGUCCAGGGCUGAUAAACAUCAUGCAGGUGGAGGAGAUUCAGGACAGCAUCUUGCAGGCCCUGGACCAGCACCUGCUGGCCAACCACGCUGACUCAAAGUACCUUUUCCCCAAGCUGCUCAACAAGAUGGCCGACCUGCGCCAGCUGGUCACUGAGAACGGCAUGCUGGUCCAGAAGAUCAAGAAGACAGAGUCAGAGACCUCGCUGCACCCGCUGCCAGGAGAUCUACAAGGACAUGUACUGACUGGACUGGUUGAGCUUCCUAGUGCAGCGGCAGUGUUUACUCACUCCUGGUUCCUGGGACUGGGAGUCACAGGGAGUGCAUGAUUUUGUUCCAGCCCAUCAUUAACACACCCUAUUCACCUCAUCAGCCAAUCAACCACCACCUUGAUCAGUUGAAUCAGGUGUUAGCGUUUAUUCUGACGUCUCAAUAAAAUAAUGAUGAAAACGCUGGCUGGUGGGAGUUAUAACAAUGAAUAUGUAGUUGCACACUCUUGUUCAGAUGCAGUUGAUUGAUUAUAAAUCACCAUCGUUUGGGCAGCAAGCUGCCUUCAUCAGGGUCUCUUGACUGUCUCUGUACUGGACAAAUGACAUGUACUGACCUGGAAUGUAUCAAGAGACUGAUGGGAGACAUACAGAGUAACAUACACCCUACCACAUAUUAAACGUGUGUGAUUGUUUGGGUGCCCGAAAUAGAAGGUGAUUUGAGUUGUUUCAAGUGGAUGCUGUUGUAUAGCAGGUCUUUAACUGUGGUUGGACAGGACUGAUGCAGUUGAAGGGCUUGUAGUGUCCUGCUCUGAACGUGGUGAAGGUGCAGUGUCGAGGUAUUCGUUUCCAGGAGAAUAACAGACAGCUCAUCAACCAAUGCCACAACAAAACCAAGACUCCUCUUUUCCCUCUAAAUUUUACAAGGAUGAUCAGCGUUGCUAUUUUUAUACAACAGAUUUUUGUAGUCUCUCUCUCCCGAUGGGCAGUGUUUUUUACAACGGUCAACCUAUUCUUAACCCUGCGGUUCGGGGUCAUUACCAGCCAUUGUUGUUUGUGUUACAAACUUUCUGAGAGCUCGUGAUGCUGAUAUUCAGAAAAAUGCUGGUUCUGCUUGCCUGUACAAAUAAGAGGGUUGUCGGCAACCAUAGGUGUCCCCUUUCCGUCCAUCCCUACCAUCCCAUCCUAAGGCCAUAACACUGGGAUAAGCUAUUACCAAACCCCCCCUUAGCUCUCCUUUCCACAUCUGUAUAUCUUCAGUAUAAAUUCACACCCCUCAACCUCCCAAUUAUCUAAUCAUAGAACGGUUUUGAUUUGAUUGAUAACUCACAGUCCCGGGUUCGAAGAACCUCCCUUCUAUGCUAGUGAACAAAAUCCAUCGUCACACCCCCAGAGAUUGUGUGAAAGUAGGAGCUGUGAUUGUAUAUGCCUUUUAUAUAUGAAUCUCCUCCAUGGAGGUCCACCCCCAACCCUUCUCCUCCUGUUAGACCAGGAAGCACACAGACAGUCCAGUCAGUCUCACUUUUCAAUGGACACAUACAUUUAUAGAUUCUUACAACAUCCUAACCUCAAUACCUUUUAUGUUUUCUUUUGUGUACAACUGUUGGGUCUAAAACCAUGGGAUGAUGCUGUGUUGUCAUACUGUGAAGGUUAACCUGAUCACAGGGUCUGUAUAAGAUGUUUUGAAUGCCUGAUUUUACUUAUGUUUACUUAAUUAUGUAUAAUUGAAGUAUGAUUUGUAUAUAUUUUUUCAGCCAGGUGGUGUUCGUUAACUGCGCGCAGUCGAUAAGCAAAACUCUAACAAAUGUUCUCAUAUUAUGAGCUUCCCGCUUUCUUUCUUUUUUUCUCUUCUUAUUCUUCCGCCAAGUAUGGUGCUAUGGAUUUGGCCAACUAUCGCUCCCUCGAGCAGUCUAACUCCAGACAGGGAAUGACUGGUUCAUAAUACUUAGAGAGAAAUGGAUCCUACUCCCUUGGUUCCUUCCUAUCUCUUUCACUUCUUCACUGAUCUAAAAGGCCUGGUCAAAUGAAAGCAAUACAGCAAAGGCUUCUGUAGCGCGUCCACCAUAUAGAUUGUACCCGUCUAGAUCAGUGCUCAAUUGAAGGGAGUGAUUGAGCAUUUUAAGAGUUGAAAUACAGGGCAACGGUCAAGAAAUUACUUAUAGAAAUAUAUUGACUUGAUCUAUGGCUCUGGACACGCCAUCAGAAUUCUGAUGCUGUUGGAAUUCAGAGAUGCAUGGCAGCAGGGGGACCAAUCUAAAUUGCCAUGAGAGGAAAUAGGUUUAUCCCCAUUCUUUUAGGUCAGCCAAUUAUGGUAACUGAUGAAAUACUGCACUUCCUACUGUACAUAGCAAUUAUGUAAAUUAUAUGCAAAACAAUGUAUGUUUCUGUUUUUAUUAUUUUCUAUGUUGUGACAUUAAAAUGGCUAAAUAAGUUUGUAUUCUAGCACAAGAGUAGAGGGAGGACAUUAUAUAUGUGACUCCUUGCCUAUACAGUAGAGAGGUUGCCAAAUUGUUACAGAUAUCUCUUGAAUAAGCGCUUUAUUUCCGCUCACAGGGAGUUGACAAAGCACAACUGACUGAUCUGAUGCUCACCUAACAGCAGAAACAGUUGAGACAAUAAUAAUAAAGUGACAGUGUUGAACCACCUGUUCUGGUUACUGUGUUCUGUAUCCACUUAGUCAGUGUACCCUGGGGGGAGGAGGUCAUUUCUCCUCCUGUAAUCAUCUUUUAUUUUCUUCUGUUACCUUCUUCCUUUCUCUCAGUAUGAAUAAAAGCGUCUGCUAAAUGGCAUAUUAUAUUAUUAUUAUAUUAUAAUAAUUGUAUUUUUCUGCUUUUUUUCUGGUGCCCCUAGGUAUGUCAUUGUCACGGACCACCUGUGGUUAGUUAUAACUACACAUUUAUUGACACAUUGUGUUAAUAAACUUCUAGGGAAAAAACAUGUUACUUUCCAGUUACUGAAUAGAAAAAACAUGUUACUUUCCAGUUACUGAAUAGAAAAAACAUGUUACUUUCCAGUUACUGAAUAUAACAAUUUACAAUGAAAUGUAAAUUACUAAAUUAGUACUGCUGCACAAUCAAAAAGCUACAUUGUGUUCAUUUUUCUUCAAUGGUUGUCUAAUGAUUUUAUUUCUGCAUACAAUGUAUGAGCACAACAGCACAGGUCUGAAAUAUUCUACAGUCUACCACAGCAAUACUGUGCUUUCCCCCCCAUUUAACAUCUGUAUAAACACCUGGUAUUAACCAUCUGAGGGAAAGUAUAGGAUUUCUACCUUUGGUAUAGCGCUUCCAAUAAAUGGUUGAUUAAAAACAUUGGUUAAUA